GGUCACGGACGAUUACAUCGGAGACAACACCACAGUGGACUACACGCUGUACGAGUCCGUAUGCUUCAAGAAGGACGUGCGGAACUUUAAAGCCUGGUUCCUCCCGGUCAUGUACUCCAUCAUCUGCUUCAUGGGCCUGCUGGGCAACGGGCUGGUCAUGCUGACCUACGUCUAUUUCAAGAGGCUCAAGACCAUGACCGAUACCUACCUGCUCAACCUGGCCGUGGCGGACAUCCUCUUCCUCCUGACCCUUCCCUUUUGGGCGUACAGCGCGGCCAAGUCCUGGGUCUUCGGGGUCCACGUUUGCAAGUUCAUCUUUGGCAUCUACAAGAUAAGCUUCUUCAGCGGGAUGCUCCUGCUUCUAUGCAUCAGCAUCGACCGCUACGUCGCCAUCGUCCAGGCCGUCUCGGCCCACCGCCACCGUGCCCGCGUCCUUCUCAUCAGCAAGCUCUCCUGCGUGGGCAUCUGGCUGCUGGCCAUGGUGCUCUCCACCCCAGAGCUGCUGUACAGCGGCCUCCAGAAGAGCAGCAGUGAGCAAGCGCUGCGGUGCUCCCUCAUCACCAAGAACGUGGAGGCCCUGAUCACCAUCCAGGUGGCCCAGAUGGUGGUAGGCUUUCUGAUCCCCCUGGUGGCCAUGAGCUUCUGCUACCUCCUCAUCGUCCGCACCCUGCUCCAGGCACGCAACUUCGAACGCAACAAGGCCAUCAAGGUGAUCAUUGCCGUGGUCGUGGUCUUCGUAGCCUUCCAGCUGCCCUACAACGGGGUGGUCCUGGCCCAGACGGUGGCCAACUUCAACAUCACCAGCGGCACCAGCUGCGAACUCAGCAAGCAGCUCAACAUCGCCUAUGAUGUCACCUACAGCCUGGCCUGCAUCCGCUGCUGCGUCAACCCUUUCUUGUACGCCUUCAUCGGCGUCAGGUUCCGCAGCGACCUCUUCAAGCUCUUCAAGGACUUAGGCUGCCUCAGCCAGGAGCGGCUCCGGCAGUGGUCCGCCUGCCGGCACGCCCGGCGAUCCUCCAUGAGCGUGGAGGCUGAGACCACCACCACCUUCUCCCCGUAGGAGGCUCCUCUGCCUGGACUAGAGGGACCUCUCCCAGGGCCCCUCAGACUGGGGACAGAUGACCCAACAGCUGCUGAGGGAAAGGCCGUUCUGGCCAUUGAGGUUUAUCUCGUGGUGAAAACCCAAGCCACGGAAGACAGAUGAAGCCCAACCCUAGCUAGCUACCUCAACCAAGGUUGCAAAGAGACGUGGUUGAUAAGCUAUCCCAGAUCCUGCGACACUCCAAAACCAAUGCCGUUGUCCCCCAAACCCCAAACGAGAGGUGAAAGUCAAGAAAUGGUUCACAUCUCCUGGAGUGAAAGGGCAGGCAUCGGUGAGAUCUAGGGUGGUGGAAGGGGCCUGGCCACUAUUCCCAUCAAUCUUCUAGAAAGAAGUCCUCCCUGAGGCUCAGGGGGAGGGCUUCCAGAAAGCAAGGCUUU